AUGACCUUUUACCUCCGGAAGGAUUUCUUCCCCACGUCAGAAUUUGCCAACACUUCAUUCUCUCUAUUUAAUAUGAGUGAUAAACUCCAUGAGUGUCAAGAGUGUGGGAAAACAUUUAGGCGUCUUGGAAAUAUGGAGAACCACAAAAUGGUGCAUACUGGUCUUAAACCUCACGUGUGUCCCGAAUGUGGUGAAAGUUUCAGGCAACCUGGAACUCUGAAUAGACACAGGAUGGCACAUUCUGGUGUUAAAACUCACGAAUGUUUUGAGUGCGGAAAAACGUUCACCCGAAUGGAAUAUUUAAAUAAACACAAGAUGAUGCACACGGGUGAAAAGCCUCUCAGCUGUGAUGUGUGUGGGAAGAGUUUCAAUGACCGUAGUAAUAUGAUUAAGCACAUGUUAGUACACUCUGGUGAGAAACCCCACGAGUGUCCAGAGUGUGGGAAAAGAUUCUCUCGAUAUGACCAUUUGAAGAACCACAGGUUGGUGCAUACUGGAGAUAAACCUUACGAGUGCCCAGAGUGUGGGAAAAAAUUCAGUACGCUUGGAACUAUGAAGAAACACAGGAUGGUGCACACAGGUCAAAAACCUCUUAAGUGUGAUGUGUGUGGAAAAUGUUUCAGCAGUCGUAGCAGUCUAAUUAAUCACAUGUUACUGCAUACUGGAGAAUAUCCUUUCAGGUGUAAUGUGUGUGGGAAAAGUUUCAGGGAUCGUAGCAACAUAGGUAAACACUUGUUAGUGCAUUCAGUUGAUUAUGCUGACCUGAAAAGCUAUUAUCAAGCAGUUGCAGGUAAAUUUGAACAAGUUAAACACCAAACAGCAACAUAUGUGGCUGAACUUGACUACAUAAGUUUAUCAGAAACAGAAAUAGACACAUUUAUGGUUGAUCUGGUGAUUUACGAUGCUCAAACUCAGGCCACGCUACAGCCUUUCGUCAUAAUUAUUGCUAUGAACAAGGACUUGAUUUCCUUCAUUUAA